AUGGCGGUGUCCCUGGGAAGGGGUCAGCGGCAGGCAUGGACUCAGCAGGGCUGUGCAGUCAUGGAGAGCGGGGAACAGAGGGAGUAUGUGUGUGCUAUUUCAAAAUGUUUCACUUACAGUUUCUAUGCACUCCACGUGCAUCUAUACACACCAUUAACAGAUGGGAGUUCAUCAUUCGAAGAUCUCUCAGCUGACAACGUUCUGAGAGUAUUUGUGUGUGUCACAGCUGUGGUAUGUUUGGGAAAUCUUGUCAUCAGAAAGAGAUCAUUUAUCAAAGCAGAAAACAAGAUGUACACUAUGUCUAUCAAAAUUUUCUAAGUAUCUGCUGAUUGUCUUAUGGGAGUGUAUUUGUUCUUCAUUGGAGUUUUUGAUACUAAAUACCAUGGACAGUACAAAAAAUAUGCUGUGCUGUGAAUGGAAAGUUUACCAUGCCAUAUCAUGGGGUUGCUAUUGAAGUAUCUGACCUUGGAAAAUUAUUUAGUGAUCAUCAUUCCCUUCAGUAAUAUCCAUCCUGGAAGGCAGCAGACUGCAGUAAUUCUUAUAUUGAUAUGGAUUUCUGAGUUUGUCAUAGCAAUAAUCACAGUCUAGGAUGGGGACUCUUUUUUUGGCAAAUAUUACAGGAAAAAUUGAGUUUGUUUCCUACCUAAUUCUGAUGAAAGAGAGGACAUUGCAGGCAACAGGUAUCCCCUUGGUAUUCUUCUUGGUAAUGUGAACCUUCCAGCCUCCAUCACCAUCGUGUUUUCAUAGGUCAGCAUGUUUUGUUUUGUUCAAAAAACUGCCCUUCAGACAUCAGAAGUAAGGAGUCACAUUCACAGGGAUGUUGCUGUUGACAGUCGAUAUUUUUUUUUAGUAGUAUUCACGGAUGCCAUCUGCUGGAUUCCUGGUUUUAGCAUACGAAGUAUCUCACCUUUUUUCCUAGGCACCGUCCCUUCCCGGAUAGUGAUAUUUGUUCUGCCAAUGCACAGUGCCUUGAAGCCCAUUCUCUAUACUCUCACAACUCAUUUCUUUAAGGAGAAGCUGAAGCAGUCACUGGGCAGUCAUCGAAUGACGUCCCUGGAGCCUCCUGGGUUCAGCGUACCCCUGGUGAUGGAGGAGCAGGAGUCCAGGGACAGAGGGGCUAUAGCAGCUUGCUGGUUCAUAUCAGUGGCUUCUUUUCUUGUUGUUGUGGAGAUGAAGUAG